AUGGGUUCAGGUCUCACCAAAAAUUCUUCAUCCCAACAACUACGGUAUUCAGCCAAUAGUUCCAUGUCAAGUGAAACUGCUGCUUGGAUGAAUGGAGCAAGAUGUCCUCUCAGACCAUCCACUUUGGAACUUGUUGUCCAAUCACAACCAUGUGAAGGUCCACCUCGAUUCACAAGCGUCUCGAGAAAAUCAUUGCACUCGAAACAUUUGGAAACAAGAGACAAGGAGAUACUCGAUCCAGAACAUCUUCUUCUUACAUGCAAAGAUCUCCAACAUUCUUCAGAAGCAGCAUCCUUACACAACGAAAAGGCAACAGAAAGGAUGUUGAAUAACCCUUAUGAAACAAUGGUUCAUCAUGAGGAUGGUGGACCCUUUAAAAGAGUUUCAUCCUUACCCGUUGGGUCACAUGCGCCCAAUAUCGACAUGCGUCACCACCCAACAUGUGCCGCUGAAUCUGUCUUAAACGGCACCUAUCAGAAGAAGUUGCUUUCAACAUUUCUUGAGAAUGAACCAUCCGAACCAGAAGGUUGUGGAGUUGACAACUCUCACGAGUCCAAUGAUACCAUGGUACCACUAGUACUGAUGGUGGUUGGCGAAAGGUGGAAAACAUUCAUGAAUACACACACCUCAAAGACCAAUUCUCAAUCCAUCACCAAAAAACGACCAUUCAUUGUUGCUGAAUGUUCUUCUUCCAUUUCAGCCUCAGAACAAUCUUCACAUCGUAAAUCUCAAUACGAUGAAAGACCUCUUACUCCAUUCCUCAAGGAGACUAUGGAGAUGAAACACGUUGUCAUAUCUGCUGAAAAUACUUCUGGUUCUCCACCACCACUCUCAAAGGAAACUCCAAGAUCAUCAAGACAGCAGAAACCCAGGGAGGACAACCAACAACAAGUGUCAACGUUCAGUGCUGAAACGACAUUGUCUCCUGGAAAUUGUAUCAUUAUAUCGAAUCACAAGAGUGAAAAUACCUUGGUUCGAACUUUGAGCACAAAAUCCCUUUCCAAAGUCGUUUCCUCUCCAAUUCAAGUCGUUCCAAAAGACUCUCCAUGCCGUGUGAGAGAUUCUGUUCAAUAUUUAAAUUCACCAACGAUGAAGAUCAACCAUUCACAUUCAGCUCUAGGUUUCAGGUCUCUUCUUCUUCCAUCGAUUGAUAAGCAAAUGUUGGAAAAAGUUCCAUUUCUCACUGUGACUCGAUCUGACGAGCCUCUUUGUUUCAGUCAUUUACCUCCUUGCUUGAGAAAAAAGAAUGAAUGCUCUUCAAGUGUACACAAAAAUAGGAAAUACCUGGACGUGUUGUAG